AUGCAGCCCACGCCCACCACGGCCACUGCCGCCGGCGCCGCCACCACGGUUGCCCUGACCUCGAGGUGGGACAACGCCACCGGCAGCCCCACCGCGGAGCCUGACCCCAUCCUGGACAACUACGUGCUGCUGGUGGUGGUCAUGUCGCUCUUCGUCGGUGGCGCGCUAGUCGUGCUGUCCGGCGUGCUGCUCCUAUGCAGGCGCUGCUGGGAGGCCCACCGGCGCUUCAACAGAGCGACGGAGGAAGCAGAGAAGACCACCACCACCUACCUGGACAACGGUGCUCACCCGGCCCAAGACCCCGACUUCAGGGGGGAGGACCCUGAGGGCCAGGAUGCCGAGACGGAGCGCUUCCUGUCCACCAGCUACACUGGCCGCCGGGUGUCCUUCAAUGAGGCAGCCCUGUUUGAGCAGAGCCGGAAGUCACAGGACAAGGGCCGCCGGUACACCCUGACGGAGGGGGACUUCCACCACCUGAAGAAUGCCCGCCUCACCCACCUGCACCUACCACCCCUCAAGAUCAUUACAAUCCACGAGUGCGACCUGGGUGAAGUCAGCACAACCACCCCUCCCCACGCUGCUGCCACCCCCAAGGCCAACCUCGCCAUAUUCCAGCCCCCGGGGAAGGCCCUCACCGGCCGCUCCGUGGGCCCCAGCUCCGCCCUGCCAGGUGACCCCUACAACUCAGCCGUGGGCCCUGCUGACUUCGAGAUCAGCCCCUUGGCAUCCAGCGACUCCGGGGAAGGCACCUGGUUGGAGGCAGGUACCAGGAGCACUAAGCCUGUUGGGCCAGCGGCCACGACAGGACCCGGGGAGGCAGGCCCAGGCUCCGGGGCCGGACCUGUCCUGCAGUUCUUUACCCGCCUGCGGCGCCACGCCAGCCUGGAUGGGGCCAGCCCCUACUUCAAGGUCAAGAAGUGGAAGCUGGACCCCAGCCAACGGGCAUCCAGUCUGGACACUAGAGGCUCCCCCAAGCGGCACCACUUCCAGCGGCAGCGAGCAGCCAGCGAGAGCACAGAGCAGGAGGAGGGGGACGCCCCCCUCGUGGACUUCAUCCAAUACAUGGCCAGCGCAGGCGAGGCUGUGGCCUUCCCGCCCCCCCACCCCCUUCUGGCCAGCCCCACCAGCCCAUCCCCCACUCUCGGCAGGCUAGAGGCAGCCGAGGAGGUGGGCGCCGCGGGAGGAGCGAGCCCCGAGUCUCCCCCAGAGCGCAGCGGCGGUGUGGGGCCUGAGCAGCCGCAGCAGGAAUCUGAUGGUGAGCGGGACUCGGGGCCAGAGCAGGCCCAGACCAUCUACCGGGAUAUCUGGAGCCUGCGUGCCUCUCUCGAGCUGCACGCCGCGGCCGCCUCGGACCACAGCAGCAGUGGCAACGACCGCGACUCGGUGCGCAGCGGAGACAGCUCGGGCUCAGGCUCCGGGACCACCGUGCCCACCUUCCCACCGCCCUCGCCGCCGCCCACACCUCGGUCCGCGGAUAGCGAGGCGGGAGGUCCGCGGAAGCUGCUUCAGAUGGACAGCGGCUACGCCAGCAUCGAGGGCCGCGGCGCGGGCGAGGACGGGCUCCCCAGCGCUGAGGCGCCCGCCCGGCCCCGCAGCCCCCGCGCUUGGCCCCGCCGCGCCCCUCGCCGCGACUACAGCAUCGACGAGAAGACAGAUGCGCUCUUCCACGAGUUCCUGCGCCAUGACCCGCACUUCGACGACGCGCUGCCCUGCGCCUCCCGCCACCGCGCGCGCGCGCAUCCGCACCCCCACGCCCGCAAGCAGUGGCAGCAGCGCGGCCGGCAGCACAGCGACCCCGGCGCGCGCGCCGCCACCCCCGCCCCGCCUGCGCCCCCAUUCGGCCCCGACUCCCGUCCCACACGCGCACCUCUGCGCCGAGGCGACAGUGUCGACUGCCCGCCUGAGGGCCGCGCGGGCGACGACCCGGCUGCGCCCGCUAUCCCUGUCAUCGAGGAGGAGCCCGGCGGCGGCAGCGGCAGCUGCCCCGGCUCGGGCCUGUGCGUCGGGCCCCCGGGAACGCUGCUGGACAAGCUGGCGGCUGGCAUCGACGACAGACUCUUCCCGUCGCGCCUCGCCCAGCCCAUCGCCACGGCUCCUGCGCUGGCCGCCGCCGCCGCCGCGCCGACGUCUCCUGACCAUAGCCCGGCCUAAGCCCUGCGUCCCGCACCCACCUCGUCAGCUUCUCCCGCGCCGCUCGGGACCUCCGCCGCCGGACACGCCUGGGGCGCGACGCUCCGGCGGGCACACGCCGGGGCCGCGGGGCUGCGCACAAGCACGCGCACGGCCUCUGGCCGCCCCCCAGGUGCGCAUGCUCACGUCCUCGGGACACCCUCGAGCCGCCCCCGGUGCGCACGCGCACAGUCCCCACUGGGCGUUGAGCCGCGUCCCUCUGUGGCUCCUCGAAGUGCGGGGCUGGACUGGAGGGAGCGGGGCAGGUUCUCAUCUUCGAGCCCCUGAGGACUACGUUCAUCUGCCUUUGGCCCCAGACGGCAGCCUCUGGGUGGGGGCGUCUUGGGCACAGAGCACCGGGAGGCGCACGCCCAGGACCUGCACCUUGGAGAGUCCGUGUGGAGGGACAGAGUGAGGCGCUUGCGCGGGGCGCCCCUACCGGGGCCAGUGGAGCCUCGAGGGGGCUCGGGCUGCACGCGCCGGAGUCUGCAGCGGGGCGCAUGCACCGAGCCCGCGGGGACCCAGAUUGCGGGGGCAUGGAAGACGGGCGACGGGCGCGCUCACUCUGGGCUGGCAGGUUGGGUGGAGGCCGCAGCCGCCAAACCCCUGAAGCUGUUUACCUCAACGCGGCAUGUGCUCGCGGCAGUGUGCGCCCCCUCCGAGCAAUAAACCACAGCCCGCGCCGCCCCCUCCCGGCCACCGUGUCCCAAGUCUCCGCGCCCGCCCCAAGCAUGUGAGUGGGCCACCUGCCCGCCCCGCAGUUGCACCGUCCAAAGAGCUGCCAGAACUCAUUAAUGUUUGGAGACACACAAAACCCAAACGGCCAAGGUUUCAAGUUUCCCAAGCUUUAUUUAUUGCCA